AUGGCCACUCAUAUUAUAGAAGAAAUUGAAGCAGGUGGUGACGUUUAUACAUUGCAUGGUAAAGCAAUGGUAAACAGUAAUAAUACAAAUUCAACAACACCAUAUGUUUAUGAUUGGGGUGGUUACAGUGUAUACACAAAAACAGAAACUGAUGCUAUAGUAGUUCAUAAAACAGGCGACGAAAUUAUUUCUGGUUGUAAGUCGUUUUCCGGUGGUGAUAAUGUAUCCGCUGUUGGAACAGCUCCGAUAAACAUUGUUGAUAUUAAUCCAGAUGGUACUACAGCAGGAACAUUACAGUAUAAGGACAUAGUAUUUGGUGAUACAAAUAAUAUUAGAAUUGGUGUAGUUAGAGCUGGUGGUAUAACCAUAAGUUGUGCUGCAGAUGGUACAGAUGUUAGGUGCAAUCUUCCGACAGAAACUUAUGGUACAAAUUUUCACGGUACAUCAACUUCAGCAAAAUGGGCAGACCUUGCUGAAAUGUAUGAAUCAGAUAAAACAUAUUCAAAAGGAUUCGUAUUAGAUGCAGGAAAAGAAAACUCAUUACCAGUAGCACUUUGUGGUAAAACUCCCAUAAGAAUAAUCGGCAAAGUAAAAAGAUUUGAUAAUAUUACUUUAAGUGAAACUUCUGGUGUUGGGCGCAUUGCAUUAGAUGGCGAAAAAGUAAUUGGUAAAUGUCUUGAAGCAUCUGAUGUAGAAGAAGAGAAAUUAGUAAUACAAAUACAAGUUGGUAGUGAAGUAUAUGAUAUUCAGGCUGAUUCUGUAGAAAACCAAAAUCACGCUACCGGAGCUUUGUCGGAUAAAUUUGAUUGGAUAGGUACACAGUCUGAAUAUAUAGAUCAAGACAUAGAAAAUCAACAUCCAGAUUGGUUUUGUUAUAUCACAGAUGAUGUUACAACAGACAGCGGAGAAAUUGAUCUUAGUAAUUAUGCAAAAACAUCAGAAGUAAGCUCAGCUAUAAAUACAUUAUUAUCAACACUAUAUCCUGUUGGGAGUUUAUAUAUAGGCACACAAACAACUUGUCCUUUGGAAACAUUGAUACCUGGUUCAACUUGGGCAAAGGUUGCAGGGGAUAAAGUAUUGCAAACAUCAAGUUCAUCGCAUAAUCCAAACACCACAAUAGAAGCAGGAUUGCCUAAUAUUACUGGUUAUUUAUCAACUGGGUUUGUACAAGCACAAUCUGCAGAAGGUGCAUUUAGUAUUCGCCUUCCAAAAUUAAAUCGAAACAUGCCAAGUGGUUCAGACACAUAUCAAUCUGGAUGGGGCUGGGAUUUUAACGCUGCUAAUUCAUCUUCCAUUUACGGUUCAUCUUCUACAGUUCAACCACCAGCAUAUGUAGUAAACGUUUGGAGAAGAACAGCAUAA